AUGGAACAAAGUCAUAAAAGUGAUAGGUCAGAAGCCGUACUAGAUCACAUACUAAAAGUCGUCGAACCAGCAGAAGCCGAACCAGAUCACAUCAUCGAACUGGCAGAAGCCGUACCAGAUCAAAUACCAAAAGUCGCACCCAAAGUCAUACCAAUGAAAGGGAGAAUGAAUGUUUGA